GGUCAAGGGUCAGGCAGGAUCCAAGAUGGCGGCAGCGCCGCGGCGGUGGCCGCUGUGGGUGACCCUGUGCCUCGGGGCCGCGCUCGCCGUGGACCGCAGCAACUUCAAGACCUGCGAGCAGAGCGGCUUCUGCAGGCGGCAGCGGCGGAUCCAGCCCGGGAACUCCCCGUACCGGGCGCUGCUGGAGUCGCUGGAGCUCGGCCCCGAUGUGGCCAGGAUCCAGUUGAUCAACGAGGUCACCCAGGUGCCGCUGCUGCUGGAGGUGUGGGGGCUCACCGGGAACAUGACGCGCCUGCGCAUCCAGGAGCUGGCCCCGCUCCGGCCCCGCUUCCAGGUGCCCGACGUGCUGCUGGGGGAGCCACCUGCGGAGAGGCUGGCGGUGACGGGCCGCGACGAGGGCACGCUGGAGCUGUCGCUGGGCGCCGGGGGACACCGGCUGCUGGUGACCGAGCGCCCGUUCCGCCUGGACCUGCUGCGGCACCGCGAGCUGCUCUGCAGCGUCAACGCCCGCGGCCUCCUCGUCUUCGAGCACCAGCGGCGCCGCCGGGACUCUCUGGCGGAUAAAGUUAGUUCUGUGUGGGAUAAGAUCAAGAGCCUUUUCCGUAGGGAGCCCCCCAAGGAUCCCCCGGGAGAGGUGGGGGCGGCACAGGAGGCACCUGAGGAUGGCACUGGCAGCACCCAGAGCGAGAAGCCCGUGGAGCCCCCAGCAGAGCCCGAGGAGGAGCCGGGGACGUGGGAGGAGACGUUCAAGACGCACACAGACAGCAAACCCUACGGACCCACCUCGGUGGGGUUGGAUUUUUCUCUCCCUGGAUUCGAGCACGUGUACGGCAUCCCCGAGCACGCUGACAGCCUGCGGCUGCGCUCCACCGAGGGGGGUGACCCGUACCGCCUGUACAACCUGGACGUGUUCCAGUACGAGCUGUUCAAUCCCAUGGCCCUCUACGGCUCCGUGCCGCUGCUGCUCGCCCACCGGCCCCGCCUCAGCCUCGGCAUCUUCUGGCUCAACGCCGCCGAGACCUGGGUGGACAUUGGCUCCAACACCGCCGGCAAGACCCUUUUUGGGAAGCUCCUGGAUUACAUGCAGGGAGGGGGCGAGACCCCCCAGACCGAGGUGCGCUGGAUGUCCGAGAGCGGCGUCAUCGACGUGUUCCUGCUGCUGGGGCCGAGGCCCGCCGAUGUCACUGCCCAGUACGGGAAACUGACCGGCACGCAGGCGCUGCCGCCCCUCUUCUCCCUGGGCUACCACCAGAGCCGCUGGAAUUACCAGGACGAGGCGGACGUGGAGGCCGUGGAGAGGGGAUUCGAGGAGCACGAGCUGCCCAUGGACGUGAUCUGGCUGGACAUCGAGCACGCCGACGGCAAGCGCUACUUCACCUGGGACCCCGCGAAAUUCCCCAACCCACGGGGGAUGCUGGAGCGCCUGGCGGCCCGGAAACGCAGGAUGGUCAGCAUCGUGGACCCGCACAUCAAGGUGGACGGGGCGUACCGGGUGCACACGGAGCUGCGGGCGCGAGGCCUCUACGUCAAAACCAAGGACGGCAACGACUACGAGGGCUGGUGCUGGCCCGGCUCCUCGGCGUACCCCGACUUCACGAACCCCGAGAUGCGCGAGUGGUGGGCGAACAUGUUCGCCUACGACCAGUACGAGGGCUCCACGGAGGCGCUGUUCACGUGGAACGACAUGAACGAGCCGUCGGUGUUCAGCGGCCCCGAGGUGACGAUGCACAAGGACGCGCGGCACUUCGGGGGCUGGGAGCACCGCGAGCUGCACAACAUCUACGGGCUCUACGUGCACAAGGCCACGGCCGAGGGGCAGAUCCGGCGCUCGGGGGGGCGGCUCCGGCCCUUCGUGCUCAGCCGCGCCUUCUUCGCCGGCUCCCAGCGCUACGGUGCGGUUUGGACCGGGGACAACACGGCCGAGUGGGACCAUCUGCGGAUCUCCAUCCCCAUGUGCCUGAGCUUCGGGCUGGCCGGGCUGGCCUUCUGCGGGGCGGACGUGGGCGGAUUUUUCCAGAACCCGGGCCCGGAGCUGCAGGUGCGCUGGUACCAGGCCGGGGCGUUCCAGCCGUUCUUCCGUGCCCACGCUCACCUGGACACGGCGCGGCGGGAGCCGUGGCUGCUGCGCCCCGAGCACCUGGAGAUGGUCAGAGCCGCCCUGCGGCGCCGCUACGCCCUGAUCCCGCUGUGGUACACGGCCUUCUACCGCUGCCACCGCCAGGGAAUCCCCGUCAUGAGGCCCCUGUGGAUGGAAUUCCCGGAUGACUCCCACACCUUCGCCAUGGAUGACCAGUACCUGAUCGACUGGGUGCUCCUGGUGCACCCCGUGACGGAGCCGGGCGCCCGCGGGGUCCACGUGUACCUACCUGGGAGAGGGAGAGGUCUGAUCCCAGUGUACCAGCGUGGGGGGACGGUGAUCCCACGCCAGGACCGGCCUCGCCGCUCCACCGAGGCCAUGAGGGGCGACCCCUUCACCCUCUACGUGGCCCUGAGCCUCCAGGGCACAGCACACGGAGAGCUGUACUUGGACGAUGGGAUCAGCUUUGAUUAUGCCAACAAAAACGAGUUCCUGCACCGGCACUUCCAUUUUGCCAACGGCACCCUCACCUCCAGCUCCGCUGACCCCCGCGGGUCCAUGUCCAGCCCGGCAUGGCUGGAGCGAGUGGUCAUCCUGGGCGUGGGGCGGCCAGAGAGCGCCGUCCUGACCACCCACGAAAACGGGCAACACGUAUCAAAAACUCUCCGCUUCUAG